GCCAUAUAUGAGUCUCCAUGAGCAGUGGCAAAAAAAAUCCAAAGUCAUUCCCUUAUAAAAUCCCGAUUAAUUGUUUUUUAUAUAAGUAUAACAAAAUGGCAAUAAAAUUCUCAGAUUUUACACUAGAUGCACAAAAAUCACCAAAUACAGAGAUAAUCACCUAUAUUUUCAGGAUCAAUAGCAAUAUUUAACAUAGCAUAUAAGUUUUUGACCAAAAUAGCAACUUAUUUUUUUAAUUAUGACUCUCAACAAGCACGGGAACUUUGGCGCAGAUAUUUAUUGAGAUAUUGAACAAGAUCCCGGAUACAAUAGCCAAAAUGAGUUUCGUCCGCAGGGUGUCCGGGCUCUCCCUUAGAGAUAGGGUGAGAAGCUCGGUCAUCCGGGAGGGACUCGGCGUUGAGCCGCUACUCCUCCGCGUCGAGAGGAGCCAGCUGAGGUGGCUCGGGCAUCUUGUUCGUAUGCCUCCUGGACGCCUCCCCGGUGAGGUGUUCCCGGCAUGUCCCACUGGCGGAAGGCCCCGGGGACGACCCAGGACUCGCUGGAGAGACUGUCUCUCGGCUGGCCUGGGAACGCCUUGGGAUACCACCGGAAGAGCUGGUUGAAGUGGCUAGGGAAAGGGAAGUCUGGGCUUUCCUGUUAAAGCUGCUGACCCCGUGACCCGACCCUGGACCAAGCGGAAGAUAAUGGAUGGAUGGAUGCCCCCCCUCUGCAAAAAAGGCCGAAUUUGGCACCCUACCCAAGCAAGGCCCGUGAAUGGAAACUCACAAUUUUGAUAACUUCAGAUCUCAUGAACAGUCCCACCAAUUCUGACUCUGAGGAGGAUCCAACUAACUCCCGAGGCGCCAAGGUUUCAACCCGUAAAUUGAUAAAAAUUUCACAUUCAAUCCAAAAUACACGAUUUCCUGCAGGGUUUUGACUAUAGGUGCAAGAGACUUUUUAGAGCAUUUUUGGACAAGGUAUCGACUCCCUGAAUUUCAUUGCUCUACAUUGAAAAAAACGUGAGAGGCCUUUUUGAAAACUUCAAGGGGGAGGCAUUUUUUCGCAAGGUUGCAAAAUUAAAUAAAUUUACUCCAAGCCGCAUGUAUGUGCAAAUUUGGGUGAGUUUUCGAUCAUGUUCAGGCCUCCAAAUUAGCCAUUUUCACUCAGUUCUCGUUUUGUUCUGUAUGUGCUUGUACCAACAGGCAACGUCCCGCAGAGGGCGACGUUAGCCUACCGGAGCAAGAAACAGUGCGCAUGCGCGCAAAUUCUUCCUCCAACAACAAGGACCGAGAGUCAGCCAACAUGGCCGACCUGGGGAAGAAGUACUGCGUGAACUGCUUAGCAGACGUGACCAAUCUCCGGCUCCGCUGCACCGAUUGUCCCGAUAUCGAGUUGUGUCCCGAGUGCUUCUCGGCGGGCGCAGAGAUCGGGAACCACCGGAGAUGGCACGGCUACCAGCAGGUCGACGGUGGUCGCUUCUCCCUCUGGGGUCCCGAAGCCGAGGGAGGAUGGACGAGCAGGGAAGAGCAGUCGCUCCUCGAUGCUAUCGAACAGUUUGGCUUCGGAAACUGGGAGGACAUGGCCGCUCACGUCGGAGCCGGUCGCACUCCUCAGGAAGUCAUGGAUCACUACGUUACCAUGUACAUCCACGGCAACCUGGGUAAGGCCUGCAUCUCCGACAGCAUUCCCAACCGAGUCACGGACCACACGUGCCCCGGCGGGGGGGCGCUGUCGCCCAGCUUGACCGUCCCGCUGCCUCCUCUGGACAUCAGCUCGGCCGAGCAGCAGCAACUGGGCUACAUGCCGCUGCGGGACGACUACGAAAUCGAAUUCGACCAGGACGCCGAGAAGCUGAUCAGCGGGCUCUCGGUCAACUACGACGACGAGGACGUUGAGAUUGAGAUGAAGCGCGCCCACGUGGACAUGUAUGUGCGGAAGCUACGCGAGCGGCAGAGGAGGAAGAACAUCGCCCGGGACUACGGCCUGGUGCCCGUUUUCCUGGGUCGGGACAAGAAAGAGACGAGGGACAAGUUGCCGGGUUCCACCAACGUGCCCGGAGCUGUCGCGACGGUGGCGACCUCGUGCCCGCCGGUUCCCACAACUCCAAAACGAAAGAUCAACAAGGAAGAGAAAGAACAACGGGUGCGCCUGCGGGGGCUCUGCCAGUUCAUGGCCCACCGAGAAGUCGAGGAGCUUUUCGAAAACAUGCACAAGGAGCGCGCGCUCAGGGCUAAGGUGAGGGAGCUGCAACGCUGCCGCCGCAACGGCAUCGCCCGCCUGGACGAGGCGGCCGAAUACGAAGCGGCGCGCCAUAAACGGGAGAAACGCAAGGAAAACAAGAGCGUGGCGCUCUCCAAGCGGGGUGGCGCUCUCAACUCCGGGACCACGCCGGCCGGCCCCGUCAAAGAAGAAAGCAAAGAGGGCGAGUUCGCCGCAAUCGAGAACCUGACGGGCUUCGAGCUGCUGUCCGACCGCGAGAAGCUGCUGUGCAGCUCCCUCAACCUUAGCCCCGCGCGCUACCUGACAGUCAAAACCAUCAUUAUCAAAGACCACCUGCAGAAGAGGCAAGGCGUUCCAUCCAAGAGCCGGCUACCCAGCUACUUGGACAAAGUCCUUAGGAAACGGAUCGUCGGCUUCCUCACCGAGAGCGGCUGGAUAUCCAGAGACGCUGUUUAGACUCGUAUCUACAUUCCUCGGGAAUGAAAUCAACCCAAUGCAUUUAUAUUGUGGGAGAUGGGCUUUAUUUCGUUUUAUAUCUCAAUGAAUUAGAAACACUAUACGUAUAUAUAUAUAUAUAUAAAUAUAUACACACACACACAGUAAAAAUAGAAGAGAAAAAAACACUUUUAAUACAACCCCUAGCAAAAAGUAUGGCAUCACCAGUCUCGG